GCUACCUUCUUGUAUUUUUGCCUAUAGCUGGACAAAAGGAGAAGGAGAAGGAGAAGGACGGUGCAGAUAGGCUGGGCAAACUGGGGGAAUAUUGAAGAAUUUUGCCAAGUUCAAGAUUUUGAAGAAAGUGCAUGGUGCACACUAAUUCAAAGUCUGCAGCAAUCAUUAUUUGCAUCUUUAACAACUGCACAGCCAAUACUGACACCUCGGGUAUGAUCUUUACCACAUAUAAAGUAGCAUCAUUUUUUCCUCUCCUUCCAUCAAAGGCAAGAGCAACAUUCUGUUCUGUGCCCUUCUGCAGCAAUUAGUAUUUCUUUUGCAUGCUAAUAUUGGACAUAAAAUGGUCCUGAGACGUUAUGCUGCCUUGUCUGCCUUUAAUGAAAGAACUUGACAAAAUGGAAAAGAUAAAUGCAAAACUCUCUGCUGCAGUCGAAGAGGUUACGCUUGAGCAUUGCAAGAAGAAUGAGAUUGUAAAACAUCAUUCUCAAGGGGUCGGGCUUCAAAGCCGUGUUUUUGUGAACUUCUUUUCCAAUCCUGAACUCCUGAGGAACCAAGUUAGGGAAUUAACAGCUUGUGUUAGAGCUUUAUAAGUUUCAUGAUACCAUACUAAUAUACCAUGAUACUCGAUUUCCCCACCUUUUUCCAUUCACAGCAUCUGUGGAUGUAUCUAAAGCUCUGUUGUAAAAAAUCCCAACAUUUAUGAUCCCUCACUGCCAAGACCAUAUGAAAUUGAAACGGUAGGCAAUUUGAAUU